CCUCUGUGAUCAAUCACCUUUCCUCUCCCCAGCAGAGCACAGCCGACAUGAAGACGCUGCGUGUGGUCGUCCUCGCAUCGCUGCUGCUGAUUCUCCAGCUCAGCUCACAGAUGGCCCGGGGGCACGUGUCCACGGCGUCCCCAGCGUCCACGAUCAAGUCGUCCACGAUCAAGUCCUCCACGGUCAGCCCGUCCACGGCGUCCAUGAUCAAGUCCACGAUCAAGUCCUCCACGGUCAGCCCGUCCACGAUCAAGUCGUCCACGAUCAAGUCCUCCACGGUCAGCCAUUCCACGGCGUCCACGGUCAAGUCCUCCACGCUCAGCGCAUCUACGUUGUCCACUACGACCGCGGCGUCCACAGUAAAGUCCUCCACGGUGAAGGCAGUCUCUGCCACGCCGUCCACACUUUCCACUGUGAAGACUGCGACUUCUCCAAGAAGCAGGCCUCCGACAGGGACCGGCUCCCGGGGACCCGCCGCCUGCACUCCGCUGCUGGCUCUGUUGGCUCUCCUCCAUAGCUGGUCCGGAUGACUGGAUCCGGAUCGGCCUGGACUCCGUGGAAACUUUAGGUCUUCCUAAAGGAGGUUUAAUAAAAAGCUGUUUCCUCCUGAACUCUGAGAACAGGAGUGAGUCAUGGAGGUGCUCCUGUUUCCGGUGUCACUGACUAUGAAGUUUGUCUAAAUGCUGUAAAACAUUUGGGACUGAAAGGCUGUGCUUUGAUGUCAACUAAUAAAACUUAAAAUCUAA